GUUGUCCAGAAUCCAAGUGGCUCAGUUCUAAUUCAAGCAAUGCGAGUCUUCUGGGUCGGUCUCAAGAGAGGCUGCAAUCUCGAUGCUGCAAAGCCAUCAGUCUUGGCACGAACUCACCCUGCAACUACUGUUUCCUGGGACGAUGCAUUUGUUGAGGAAUUGAAACGAGCACUCGUCGCAUGUUCUGUAUUUUGUGUGUUUCCCAUUUUCUGGGUUUGUUACGGUCAGACCAACAGCAACCUGGUUAGCCAGGCAGCCACCAUGAAAACCUAUGGCAUUCCGAAUGACAUGAUGGGAUGCUUUAAUCCAAUCAUGGUUUUGACCUUUCUUCCAACCAUGGAAAAAGUCGUUUACCCAACCCUGCGAGGGUUUCGCCUCAGCUUUAAACCAAUCAGUCGAAUCACCGCCGGUUUCCUGGUGAUGGCAUGUGCCAUUGGAUAUUCGGCAGGGAUUCAAGACCUGAUUUACCGAUUACCUCCAUGCUACGAACAUCCUCUUAGCAGAUAUUGCAGCGACGGUGGAAGAACGCCAAAUGACGUCAGCGUCUUCCUGCAAGUCCCCGUCUACACAAUGACAGCCCUUUCUGAAGUCCUUGCGUACGUCGCCGGCAUGGAGUACGCAUACACCAAAGCCCGUAAGUCCAUGCGUAGCGUCGUAUCAGCUCUCUUCUCCUCACCUGCCCACCGCGGCCUCAAUGCUGGGCAUCACGCUCUCACCCGGUCUCAAAAGACCCCAAGGUCCUCGCGGCGUUUAUGCCUCGUCACGGCCGUCUUUGUUCUUGCUCGCCUCGGGAAGUACAACAAGAUAGAGGAGAAAAUGAACAUGCUCAAUAGCGGAGACGGGGAGUCUACCUCUGUGAAUGAGGACGCGCAGCAGACGCAGAUAGCCAGAAGUGUAAGAAGGUGCGCUUCAUCAUUGGAGAUCCGGUAA